UCUUCCAUUCUGUUACCUUUGACCUCGCAUAGAAAAAAAUGGCCGACGGAAUGAGAAAUUUGUUGUUUUUCGUCUGACGUUUGACGGAAUCCGGCGCUAGUCGUGUCUAGAUGAAGAGAUAUUUCGGCAGGAUGGGAGGGUGGGGUUCCAGACUAGUUCGCCGCUCCGCUGAGUACCUGUUCGGCUGGGAGCAGAAGGCCCUGCCGGCAGGGGAGGCCGUGAGCUCCGCCUGGGGGAGGGCGGCGUCAGGCCCCGAGAGCAGCGCCAUGGCCACCCCGUUCGUUUUCCGCAGGAGGAGCUCAAUGUUUGUGGACCUAGAUGGAGACGUGGCCCAUGAGUUUUACGAGGAGACUCACUACGUGUGCAAUGGACAGAAGCGGGCAGGGAUGAGGAGAAUAUUUGACGAUCUCACGCCACAGGGUAUAGUAGAGCUGGAGUUCCCCAGACUACACGUGGACAUGCCGUUUGUGCUGUGUGAUUCUCUCACCUUCUCAACAGUCAGAUAAAACGGACAGACGGCUUACUUCCUCCAAGUUCUCUUCUUCUCUUCUGUCCAUCCAUCCAUCCGCCCGAGACAUGGCUGUAUAGUUGGCACAAACGUGCCCAAACCACGUACAAUAACUCAUUAUUCAGUGGUGACACAGGUGUUGUAGGCACGGAACAAGAAAUAUCAACUUACUGUACAUGUAUGAAGUCAAAUCAGUUGUUAUUUUAUUUACAUCUCCUUGCCCCAUGCUCAGGAUUUCUCCCCGUCAUUCCAUCAUUUAACAAAAUUUUGUAGCAGAUGAUGGAAAAAUACAGAAUGAUCAUUAUGAAAAUGAACAUUGUCUAAAUGAUAAAGAUUAAGAAUUAGAAGUAGUCACACCAUGAGAUGAGCAUAUGGAAAACCUACCGAGAGGACUGAAAAUGAAAAGCUGUUGUAAAGCGAAAACUGUUCACUCUCACUGCACAGUACAGUUUUAGCAGUCUGUUGUUCCAAGGGUCAAAUUUUGAUGUAUGUUUACCAAAAUACCAAUCAAAUGUUAAGUUGAACAAACUAUGGCAGAAAUGUAACAGUACUUGCUAGUACUUAUGAAAGGGAAAACAUACUGAGUACGCAAUAUAAGAAAAAAGAAACACAGAUUCGUGUAUUAAGCUGGAUGGUCCAGCUGUAACAUUUAAAGAUGUGAAUAUUUCAUUUUUUUCUGUGUUGUUGAUUGAAAUUUCUCAUGAAUUUUUGUACAUAGAAAUAGAAUAUACAGAGUAUGAGCAAACUCCAUGGCAGUAGUUCUGCUUUGUAAGACGAUGGUCAUAUAUAUA